AUGCAAAUAGUUGUGCUAAUUGUUUAUGGACUAAUUGAUGCUUCAUAUAUUUUUCAUGAAUUCGUAUUAUGGCAUUGGAUAUAUGCUCCUCUUCGCCCAUUAGGGUGCAAUAUUACAUUCUUUGGAAUUCAAUUUUUCCUGUUCAUAUAUACUUGUAUUUCUUAUUUGGCAGCUGCAUUAACUGAUCCAGGUAUCCUUACAGACGAAAGAUUGGCUGAAAUUAAAAAUAAAAAAGGUUACAAACAAGAACUCGAUGAAUUUGGUGAAUUAUGUUUUUGCUAUAAAUGCAAAAAAGAAAGACCAUUAAGAUGCCAUCACAAUACAGGUUGUGAUAAAUGCAUUCUAGUAUAUGAACAUUAUUGCCCAUUCAUUCAGAAUCAAGUUGGCUCUAGAAAUUUCAAGAUCUUUAUUUUAUUUAUGUUAGUCAUAAUUCUUUGGUCAUUAUCUGUUAUACCAAUAUAUGUACAAGCUUUUAAUAUUAUCGGAAUUAAUGAAACUUUUAUAUUUUCAUUGAUAUUUAGUUUAAUUAUAAUAAUAAGUUUUGGAUAUUUCGCCAUUCCAAUGUUUUAUGAGCAAAUAACACUUGCAAUGAAAAAUAUGACGUCAAUAGAAAAGCUUAUAUUUGAAAAGGUAAAAAGAAAACAUCAAAAUUAUCAGCAUAGAUUUGAUUUAGGCUCAUUUUAUAAAAAUCUACAAUGUAGACUAGGUGAAAAUCCAUGGCUUUGGUUAAUUCCAGUUCCGAACACAAAAAUAACAGGAAUUUUUGAACAAAAUCCAAAUUAUAUUUCAAGUGUGGAAUUGGAUAUGCAAGAUGAUGCUAAUGAUAUCAAUUCUAGUCCUCAUGAUAGACUGAGCGCAUAUAUUAGAUCAAUUAAGCAAGAUAAUGACGAAAAAUAG